AUGGCCAAGUCCAACCUGGAUCUGAUUCGCGAAUGCGAUAACUUCCCCUAUUACGAGGAUAACCGCGUCGCUUACACCGAGAACCUCAAGAAAUACCAUGCGUUCCGCGUCUCUGGUUACGAUGUCACACUGGGAUAUAUCCUGAACACAGUUGUGGAAAAGUUCCCCUGGUCAAAGGAGAUCUGGGAAGUCGACUCUGCAGCCCAGACAGUCACCCUCCUCACGUCGGCAGACGCCGACCCCGCACAUCGCAGCGAGCUCGUUGCCCAGAGUAUCGCUGAGGCUGUCAAAGCGGAUUGCUUCGAGGUUCUCAGAGGAUGGCGUAAUGAGAAGUACCCCGUCUAUGGACCCGGUGGUGAAUACCUGCUGGAGAUGGAGCGAAGCGCGACACCGCUGUUCGGUAUUGUCUCCUACGGCGCCCAUAUGACCGGAUACGUUGAGGAUGCGACAGGCUUGAGGUUCUGGAUCCCCCGACGUGCAAAGAACAAGCAGACAUAUCCCAGUAUGCUGGACAACACCGUCGCGGGAGGAAUGUGUACCGGCGAGAAGCCAUUCGAAUGUAUCGUUCGUGAGGCCAUGGAGGAAGCCUCCCUCCCCGAGUCGGUUGUACGCGCUUCCAUUGUCCCAGUGGGUUGCGUAACAUAUACUCAUGUGCGGGACCCUCGUGCUGGCGGAGAAAUUGGCCUCCUGCACCCAGAGGUGGAAUACGUCUACGACCUGAAGCUCGAUCCUUCGGUUAUUCCCAAGCCAUGUGAUAACGAGGUCGAGGAAUUCAACCUGCUUUCGGUGGAUGAGGUCAAGGAGGCAAUGGCUCGCGGUGAGUUCAAGCCAAACUGCGCGAUCAUCAUCCUUGAUUUCUUCAUUCGCCAUGGUAUUUUGACCGCCGAGAAUGAGCCGGAUUAUCUGGACAUUAUGGCGCGCUUACAUCGUCGUAUGGAACACCCAACGGCAUCACAUUGCAUGAAAUAG